GUCACUUUAAAGCCUCACGUCUCUCUGUGGCGGUCACAAUCCCAGUUAUAACUCUGUCUCUGCGGUAGCACGGUUUCAUUUUAAAACGUUAGCCAGCUAGCUAUUGUGUGUUAUUAUCUAUUGUGGACUGAAUUAGCGUCUGUAGUUUGUCUGUUCUCGUGUUUCUAGGAGUUGAAAUGUUUCUAAGUGGGACACAAUGUUGAUCGCCACUUUGUCUCUCUCAGACGAGCAUCAAAGAUGGAGUCCAGCGAGGAGGCUGGCCUCAGUGUCGGGGGCUCAGUGGGAGAGGAGAACUACUUCCUGGGAUACACCUUCACCGACCGCUCCCACUCCAGCCGGGUGGUGAAGAGCAUCAUGGACCUGUGUCUGGAGGACGGCCUGUUUGCUGACGUCACCGUCACUGUGGACAGCAAAGAGUUUCACCUGCACCGGCUGGUGCUCUCGGCGCAGAGCAGCUUCUUCCGCUCCAUGUUCACCUCCAACCUCAAAGAGUCCCACAACCGCUCCAUUGAGCUGAAGGAUGUCAGUGCCACUGUCUUUCAGCUGUUGGUCGAUUACAUCUAUCACGGCACGAUUAAACUGAGGGUGGAGGAGCUGCAGGACACCUACGAGAUGUCGGACAUGUACCAGCUGACUGCACUGUUUGAGGAGUGCUCUCGCUUCCUCUCACGGACAGUAGAGGUCAAGAACUGCCUGCAGGUGAUGUGGCUCGCAGACAGACACAGUGACCAGGAGUUGUAUACUGCAGCCAAGCAUUGUGCUAAAAUCCACCUGGCCCAGCUGCAUCAGACUGAAGAAUUUCUUAAUCUGCCUCUCUGUCUGCUGUUGGACAUCAUCAAAGAUGGAGUUCCGAGCUCCCAGAAUCCAACAGUGGCCAUCGAGUCGUGGAUAAACCAUAACAAGGUGGAGAGAGAGGAGUUUUCUUGUAUCCUCCAAGAAAAUCUAAAGGAAAUUGGUGAGAACGUCCACAUUUACCUGAUCGGUAAAGAGGAGACACGGACUCACUCUCUGGCCGUGUCACUUCACUGUGACGAGGACGAUGCGAUCAGCGUGAGCGGCCAAAACAGUUUAUGCCAUCAGAUCACUGCAGCCUGUAAACACGGAGGUGACCUGUACGUGGUGGGGGGGUCUAUACCUCGCCGCAUGUGGAAGUGCAACAUGCACACUAUGGACUGGGAGCGCUGCGCUCCACUGCCCAGAGACCGCCUCCACCACACCAUGGUCUCUGUCUCCACUGAAGACGCUAUCUACUCACUAGGAGGUAAGACGUUACAGGACACGCUCUCUAACGCCGUCAUCUACUACACCGUGAAGGACAACAUGUGGACAGAGACCGGCCAGCUGGACACUGCAGUGUCCGGGGCUGCUGGCGUUAACCUGGGAGGAACUAUCUACCUGCUCGGAGGGGAGGAGAAUGACAUGGACUUCUUUACUAAGCCAUCUCGACUGAUUCAGUGCUUUGACACCUUCUCCCAGAAGUGCCAGAUCAAACCUUAUAUGCUGCCGUUUGCUGGCUGCAUGCACGCUGCAGUCCACAUGGACGUGAUCUUCAUCGUAGCAGAGGGAGACUCCCUGGUGUGCUACAACCCUCUGCUGGAGAGCUUCACCCGCCUGCGCUUCCCCGAGGUGUGGAGCUGCGUUCCGUCGCUGUGGAAGGUGGCCAGCUGUAACGGCUGCAUAUACGUCUUCAGGGACAAAUGUAAGAAAGGCGACGCCAACACGUUAAAGUUUAACCCGGCCACAUCUGUCGUAUCCGUUAUCCGAGGUAUAAAAAUCCUGCUCACAAACUGGCAGUUCGUUUUGGCCUAAACUGUCCUCUUGAUGUUCGCACUGUGGCCCCCACACUCGCCACAGAGAAUCAGGGAAGACUGUUGGAUAACUUACCAUGACUUCAGACAUCCUACGAGGAAAACCUGCUCUAAAUGUAUUUGCUCAGCUGGUUUUCUGUGUCACUCAUUCCACUCUGACCAUUCUGACCACCAGACCAGUAAAAAAACAGUUCAGCGCUGUGUGUGUCACGUGCUUGUAUUACAGUGUGUCUCAUUGUGGAUCCCUUAGCUGAGAAGUCAUUUGUGAUGAUGCUGUAACCAGUGAUGAACUAGCUGACAUUGUUUUCUUGUGCACUGCUCGUUUACUGACACGCAUGAACAACUUCAGUGUAAAAGCUUAACUGAACAUAAAACAUCCUUCAGUAUAUUGUAUGUGAAUAUGUGUAUCAUGAUGUUGUAGGUUAAAUAUCCUCAGAUGUCAAACUUUAAUUCACAUGUGCAUAAACAUGAUAACGGAGGAUGUUUUCUAACUUUUCAAUUUUUCACAGUUUCUUGUCCUAAGAUUGUAUAUUUUGAUGUACAAUGUACACGUUCAAGUGUUAGCAGAAAUGUUAAAUAUAUAUCGCUGUGUAGCUACACGCUGUCACUGUUUGUUUUGAUAUUUAUGGCCCUCUAGCCUUCAUGCACUAACUGUCUCUUACUAUUAAUACUAUACUACUACCAGGAAUUUAGGAUCUUAAAUCUUGCAAGCAUACAGUGGUGCACUUGAAAGUGGUGCACUUUAUCCUUGGAUUGGUAAAGCAUCUCGUGAAUGGCAAGGUGGUAAAGGUGCCUGU